UUGCUAAAAUAACCUCACUUUGACUAGCAUUAAUGGUUUUCAAUUCCGUAUCUGAAAUUCCCCAAUUUUGUCGCGUAAAGCCGCCAUGAACCACCACCAUCGGCAGCCGCCGCCACCGCCGCCGCCGAUCAACCACCAAACCACCAUCUCGCUCCUCAAGCACACCGCAUCCAUCUUCGUAUCCGACCUCCUCCUUUUCCUCUUCCUCUCCCUUCUCAUUUUCAUAUUCCGCUCUAACGUCGACACCGGCACUCACUACCUCACCUCUUUCAUAGAUCGUGAUCCCUCUCUCAAAUCUCUCCUCUCCCGCCUCGAUCUCUCCUCCCAUCAUCAACCCCUUCACCAGCACCGCCGCCGCCGCCACCGCCACCGCCACGGCCCAUUUCUCCACCUCUCUCGUGUCGGUACCCUGGACGAUGACUUCUUCUCCGGCGACUCCGACCUCGACCGUUCCUUGUUCCACCCUUCAUUGAAACCACCCCCCAAUUCCACUUCCCUCAUUCUCUCGGAUUUCAACCCCAAUUUGGGGUUUUCUCACCCAAUCGUUGACAAUGGAAUCGCUCUGCCCCAGGCUGUUCGCAAUGGUUUCUUAUCGUUUAAGCCUCUCCCGUAUGCGGAAAAAAACGCUACAGUUCUCGGUGGUCCUCAUAACGACUAUAAAAUAGAUGAUUUACCAUUCUUUAUGAAGGGUUUGGAGCUGGGCCGUCGUGAUGCUACGACAUUGUUGUUUCUAGUGGUAUUACUAUCCACAGCUUAUGGAUACGUUAUCACGUCGUUCUUGGUUACAUACACUUGGGUCCAUGGCAUUGUCUUCCUUAAGGUGCUGGAUAAUUUGUUGGGUAAUUACAGGUCAUUUUGUGGAACUGUGUGGCGAGGUUCAAAUGUGGGGCUUAAAAGGCUUUGUGCAUUUGUUCUAAUUCGGUGGGCGGUGAGGGACGCGUUGGCACAGUUAUUGGGAAUUUGGUCUUUUGGGGAAGUCGAGGAUCAAAGUUCAUUUUUCAAUGUUUUCAUAAGGAUGAAGUUGAUGCCUUUUUCAGAUGUUGCUCCAUGGAUUACAGGGCAUGAGAAGGAAAGUUUGUGCUUUAUAAUAUCAUGGUUCUUGGUCGAGUUGCUGGUGGGAUUUAUGUUUGCUGUGGAUUCUUGGAUUGUUAUAGUGGACUCAAGGAAGAGUAGUUGGGAAGUUGUGAAAGAAGGGUGUCAUUUGUUGGUGGCAUUGCUAGGGCCUGCUGUUCAGAUCAAGUGUUGGGAAGUGGUGAUUUGCGGGUCAUUGUCAAAGUGGAUAUUGGGUGAAUAUUUUGGGGAUGAAUUUGCAGUAGCAAUUCUGUCAGCUAUAGAAGUUUAUUUCAUGGUAGCUUGGCUAAUUUUUUAUUUGGCUGCAAGAUCCGUUGAUGCCUCUUCACUUGGGAGGACAUUUGGGCGAAGAGAGUUGGAAGGCUUCCUACUAGGUGCUAGAUGAUAUGUAUUGACUUUAGCUAUGGAUUAAUUCCCUUGCCUAUGCAGUUGCAUCUUAGAGCCUCUAUUGUCUAAUGGUGACACUAAAACAGCGAUUGAGAUCAUUUUGCUUCUAGGAGGUGUAGCACUUCUAAUGACACUGAUGAAGAUUUUCUCAUCACAAGGUAUCCAGAAUUUUGAGUCAGCUGUGAAAUCGUAUGCAUCCUGAGCUUGAUCCAACAAUGCCUUGAAUAGUGGGUGCUGGAGUAUGGUGAUUUUGAUAACAAAUCUUUUCUGGUUUUCCCCUACGUAGACCACCAAGUGACCCUUCGGAACAUCGCUUGGGAUUGUAUUGUCUUCAUGCACAAAAGACCACCAUGCCCAUUUACAGCACUUGUCGGCAGUGGCUGCAGAAGUAAAUGAUGCCAGAUGAACAAUUUUCGUAGCAUCCAAAGUAAGACCCCACAGAUGGAGAAGAUAAGAUAAGAAAGAUCACUGACAUAAGCUUAUUGGGUGAAGUGCACUGCCCAUUUCGCAGUUAUAAUUGUCAAUCUUGUAAUAAAUCACAUGUCUGGGAUGAGAAAGAGUGGGAAGUGCAUGGCAGUUUGGAUCUUCAAUUUCAGACUUUUCAGUCAUUUAUGCUGUCAGUGCAGAAGUUAUUGUACUUGGUCAGAGACUCCAGAUUAAUUUCACAACUUUUUGUGCAUGCCCAUGAAUGCAGACAGGGGAUUGGAAUUCCAACCAUUAAUAAAUCCAAGAAUAAAACAACUGCAGAAUGAUAUGACACCCGAAAAAGCUUCUCCCCCUUUUGUUGCAAGAAAUCAAGAAGUAAUAUAUUACUGUGUAUGUGAAGGUGCCGGAGAUCUGCAGUCCUUUGAUCAAGGAUUCGGGAUUUCAGUUUACAGAAAGUAAUACCCAAGUUGGACGAGAUAUAGCCGACCUCUCAUUGGACGAGAUAUGGAAGUUGAUUAGUUCUCCUGAUGAUUUGGCUUAACCGUUAACUUAAGAUGGUUCAUGAAACUUCUUGAGCUUAGCUUCAGCCUUCAGAUCUCAUCCCACAUGUCCCUUUGAGUGUGUAAGGUAACUGGAUUUUAUUUUAUUGGUUGAAAAUGGUGCAUGGAAUUUGUAGCCACGAGUGGGAGGGGAAUGAUUGCCAAAUCUGAGCUGUAAGUCCAGAUGAGAAGUAUCCCUGUGUUUGCUGUGAUGUGAUGUGUCUGCGGAUUGCAAAUUGCAGAAGAAUGAUUGGAGAAGCCAGCUAUGAGCUAUGCUUAUAUCCAUCCUCCAUAGACGGGAUACUGUACUCUCACCGUAUGGGUUUAGCUCAAUGGUUCAGUAUGCAGUAUUUGGGAGAAGAAGAUGAGAAGGGAUAGUGUACUCUCCUUGGUGGUUGCGAGAUUGGAAGAACAACCUUUUGCUCAUUCUACUUUUAUUCUCAUACAUGCAUACAUACAGUUUGAAUGUCAAAUUGCACUCCAUCUUGAAUCUUGAUUGCCUUCGUCUACAUUGGAUCAAGAAGAGGCGAUGACUUGCAGGCUUGGUGGCCAUACUACCCAAACUUU